UACAGCAUUGGCCGGCCCGCUUGUCAUUCCCACAGUGGCUCCCAUUCAUGCAGUUUGGUUGCGUCUCGGUGUAUUUGAGUGUUUGCAAUAAAAAGGGCUUUUAAUUUUUGGAGGUGCAGGUCCAGCUGCAAUUAGUUCCCUGGAAAGUCUGCCGCCCUGCAAGCAGCCAGCCGCGGCCACCUUUAGCUCCCCGGCUCUCCCUCGCGAUCGCAAGCCACUCAUCCGGAGGCGCAACUAUGCCCAAAAGAAAGGCAGCCGUUGAAGGGCAGGCAAAGGAAGAGCCGAAGAGACGGUCACCUAGAUUAUCUGCCAAGCCUGUUCCUCCUAAAUCUGAGCCCAAAACCAAAAAGGCAGCAGCCCCAAAGAAAAUGAACGUAGCAAAUGAUAAAAAGGACAUCAAAGGCAAGAAAGGGGUGGCCAAAGUCGAAACCAAGCAGGAGGAAGUGAAAGAAGAAAACCACUCUGAAAAUGGAGAGUCCCAAAUUAACGAGGUGCCAGCUGUGGAAGAAACCGAGGAGAAAGCAACCAAGUCUGAGUAAUGCGUAACACUGCCCUGUAUUUCCAUGAGUCUGGUAUCUGUACCUCCAUCCUGUAUUGUUAACACAGAGGAAUAUUUUUAUCGACUAUUUUCUAAAUGCAGGGUUUUUUUUAGCAUGAAAUUAAUUCUGGAACGUCUCCAUCUUGGUCGGUUGGAUACGAUGUCACCAACAAGAUAUCACUGUCUCUGCAUUUUGUGAUUGUAAUAGUUUGAUCUCUGGAAAGAAUAAGUGGUGGUAGCUUCUGACUUUUGUCACUGUGUCCCUUCUUUGUGUAAGCUAUCCUUUCCGUCCUUUGGAUUUUUCUUUGCCCCUGGUAUGUGUUUGAUUCAGUGAAAUGGGGAGGUCCCAAAUGGAAAGUUCUUGCAUCGGCCAGUCCAGGGUGUCUGUGGGUUGAUUUUAUAAAGAAGGUGAGCUAUUUUCGUGAAAUUCUAAGAGUUGGAAAUAUCUUUCCCAAAUAUAACUUUAAUAUUAGUUUUUGAAAGAAAGUAAGAUGUAAUCAUGUUUUUAAACAAAAUACAAAUGUUUAUUUCAGAAGGGCAGGUUGAUUGUAUGUGUAGCCACUAUUAGAAAUUUUGCUGGAUUUAUCUUGAUAAAAUAAAAAGACUCCUCAA